GGUUGCAGUGUGCUGUCCAAUCACGACCUCUCUAAAACACGAGGUCCUGCCUAUUCACCUGUCCAACCUGAACCGUUUUCGCCUUCUGGAGGAGACAAAUCGAACCUUGACGCUUGAGGUGGCCACACUGAGGCAGCAGAAGCAGCUCUACAAAUCACUAGAAACUGAAGUGAGUGAGAGGAGGAAGAGGUGUCAGAUUCUCGAGCGGGAGGUGAAAAACAAAAUCUCAGCAUGCCAGAGUUUAAAGCAUGAGCUCCAGCGUGCAAAAAAAGAGAGGAAACGCCUGAAUCUACAGCUGUUCAGUCACAGCCUGAAGGCGGAGCAGCACGAAGAGGUAAAGUCAGACUAUGAAAAGCUCAGAAAGACGUUGGCGAGUGUAAGUGAGCAGAGAGACUCGGCAAGACAGGAAAAGGAUGAGCUCCGAGGCAAACUGGAGAAUCUUGAGCAGGCCUUAAAGUGUAUGUGUGAGGCUGCAGAAGCAAAGCAGCAGUUGGAGACAGAGCAUGAACAAGCCCUGGAGAUCCUCAGCUCCACACAGCAGGAGAUCCAGCUUCUGCGAAAGGCUCAGGCUCAGGUUGAUAAAGACCAUGAAGAAAAGGUUAAUCUGCUAGAGGGCAAAGUUUACGACCUGGAACAAAAAUGCCGGACACAGUGUGAGAAGUGUAACAUUCUGUCCAAAGAGUUGGAGAAAUUUCACUUGGGUUUUCACAACGAUCCUGAGCUCUGGCCAGAAACCAGCAGGUCACGGAGAGCAAUCUGUAACCUCCUCAACGAGCUGCAGAGUUGCACUGGGAAAGGUGAUGAGAGAUCUUCAGGUUCUUCGCUAAUCACUAAGCUCCUCCAGCCACUGCAGGUCAGCAGAGACACGCCUGAGACUCCAUUGCAUAUUGACUUCACCACAGCAGCAAGACCAAGAUCACUGAGCAUGUCAGAGAUGGACGAUAAGGUGAGUCCAGCUCCAAGGUCCAAGGCCAGAUACACCGGACAGGUUCGGCUUUGCACUGCCCGCUACAGUUAUAAUCCCUAUGAUGGGCCCAAUGAGCAUCCUGAGGCUGAGCUGCCUCUUGUUGCUGGAAAAUAUCUUUAUGUAUAUGGAGACAUGGAUGAUGAUGGAUUCUAUGAAGGAGAACUGUUGGAUGGCCAGCGUGGCUUGGUCCCUUCGAAUUUUGUAGAGUUUGUCCAGGACAAGGAAAAGCCAAUGAUGGAUGGAGCAGAGGAUCUGGGCCAGCUGGAGCAUGGCUCUUUAAGCCUGACAGCCAUAGACGGAGGCAUUUCCCUGGACAGUUUAAGCAUUGACUCUCUUGGGCCCUGUAGUAAUGGGACUGGCACUCUGGAUGCUGAGGAGCUGUCUGAUGACAUUGUGCCUUACCCGAGAAAAAUCAACCUAAUCAAACAGCUGGCAAGGAGCGUCAUUGUGGCUUGGGAGCAACCUCUAGUGCCCUUUGGUUGGGGCAACAUCAAUGGCUACAACAUUUUAGUGGACGGGGAGGUGCGUGCUACUGUGCCCUUCAGUGGCAGGACCAAACUUCUAGUUGAAAAGCUGGACCUAGCUGCCUGCACAUAUCGCGUGUCGGUGCAGAGUGUGACAGACCGUGGUCUGUCUGAUGAGCUCCGCUGCACCUUGCUGGUCGGACGGAACGUCACGGUGGCCCCAACAGGCCUGCGCUUGGACAACAUCAUGCGUGAUUCAGCAGAGCUCUCCUGGCUCCCCAGCAACAGCAACUAUUCCCACACAGUGUUUUUGGAUGGCAUUGAGCAUGCAGUGGUGAAGCCAUGCUGCUACAAACUGCGCUUCAGCAACUUGAAAGCCACCACCGUGUACAAGGUGAGGGUGGUGGCCAAACCACACCAGGUGCCCUGGCACAUGCCACUGGAACAGCGCGAGAAAAAGGAGGCUGGGGUCGAGUUUUGCACACAGGCUGCAGGCCCUCCAUUGCCCCCCAAUGAGGUGCAGGUUCAGUGUGGACAGGCUCCAGGGAUUCUGCAGGUCCACUGGAAGCCUCCAUCAUUGACUCCCAUGGGGACCUCCAAUGGUGCCAAUGUCAUUGGCUACGCAGUGUGCACAAAAGGCCAGAGGAUUGCUGAGGUGCUGUACCCACUGGCUGACUUUGCAACAGUGGAUCUUAACUGUAUCCAGUGUUUGGAGGCCCGCGAGGUUGUGGUCAGGACUUUAUCAGCACAAGGCGAAAGCCAGGACUCGCAUGUCGCCGUCAUUCCUAGCAACCUGCUCGUGCCUCCACCCCAAGCACACCUUCCACCUCACCACAUGCAAGCUUCUCUACAACACCAAGUGCCCCAGCCCCUUCCUCUGCGACCUGCACUCGCACCUCCAAUGCAACCUCUGCCCCCUCAUGCAGGCCCUGAUUCAUGUUCCCAUCUUCAAACUCUUGCUAUUUGCCCAAAUCAGCCAGUCACUCAUCUUCAGCCUCAUCCUGUUCCCCAUCCUACUCAGCCAUCUCCUCCUCAUCUUCAGCCUCUACCUUCUCACCACUUCCCCCAUCCCCAGCCUACGAUUCCAAUACCUCAGCCCACAAUCCCAAUACCUCAGCCCACAAUUCCAAUGCCUCAACCCCACAUUCCCCAGCUGCCCCUUCCCCAACCUCAGAGACCACCAAGUGCCAGAGAACUGGAAACCAAAGAGCAGGUCCCAGGCAUGCUUCACCCUGCUGGGGGUCCUGCACAACCAUGGGAACCUGUCUGUUCUCCGUCUGGCCUUCCCCCAGCUUUGCCACAUGGACACACUCUCGAGGCACCACCAUGCCCUAACCGCCGCUCACCUUCUCCUCAGAGAAUCCUCCCCCAGCCCAGAGGCACACUUAUCCCGGAAACAAUGGCCAAAGCCAUCGCCCGUGAAGCUGCCCAAAGAGUGGCUGCAGAGAGCGGCCGGAUGGAGAGGCGAAGUCAGGGCUUUCACUCUCAGAACUCAGAUGAGGAAGAGGAUGAGGAAAGCUAUCAGUCUCGCAGAAGGGGAGCAUCUGUGGAUGACUUCCUCAGGGGCUCAGAACUGGGCAGGCAGUCCCAAUACAGUCACAGUGAAGAGUACCAGACAGAAAGCAGCCGAGGGUCAGACUUAUCUGACAUUAUUGAAGAGGAUGAGGAAGAGCUGUACUCUGAAAUGCAACUGGAGGAUGGACGACGGCGCAACUCACACAGUGGUCUUAAGGUCGGUGGCAACGUUUCAUCCUCAGGAAGGUUGGAUCGGAACUCAAAUAGAAGGCCAGGUCAUGGAGGUUCUCAACCUCAGCGCAGACCCCUCAUGGUCCCUGCUAUUGGUUACAGGGACCGAGAACGGCGGUCUCCUCCGUACUAUGACGAGUUCGAGCCUGAAGAGCCCUUCCGUAUCUUUGUAGCAUUGUUCGACUAUGACCCUCUCUCCAUGUCCCCGAACCCAGAUGCUGCUGAUGAAGAACUUCCUUUUAAAGAAGGACAGAUCAUCAAGGUAUUUGGAGACAAAGACACUGAUGGGUUUUAUCGUGGAGAGAUCCGUGGCCGCUCUGGCCUCAUUCCAUGUAACAUGGUGUCAGAGAUACAGGCUGAUGAUGAGGAGACUAUGGAUCAGCUCAUGAAACAGGGCUUUCUACCCCUCAACACCCCAGUGGAUAGAAUAGAGCACAGUCGAAAAGGCGGCCGGCACCCAGUGGCUACAAGAAGAAUGGUUGCUCUUUAUGAUUAUGACCCCAGGGAGAGUUCACCAAAUGCAGAUGUUGAGGCGGAACUGACGUUCUGUGCUGGUGACAUCAUUGCUGUAUUUGGGGAGAUUGAUGAAGACGGUUUCUACUAUGGUGUGAUAAAUGGACAUCGUGGUCUGGUUCCCUCCAACUUUCUAGAAGAAGUGCCUGAUGACGUGGAGGUCUAUCUCACAGAGACUCCGUCCCACCAUGAGCAGGAAGAGCCAGUGCCGACGCCACGCCCAGAGCCUAAACGGAUUCCAGUGGAAAACACGGUUCCAGCACCAGUCAUGGGAAGACCGGCGUCCCCGAUUGUGCGUCCGAUGCUCCCUGUGGGCUCCGCCCAUCCCCUUAAUCCUGCCAGGGGGCCGCGAGACCUGAAAAAGAAAAAAGGACUACUCUCCAAGGGGAAGAAACUGCUCAAGAAGUUUUCAAAGUAAAAGCUGAUGCCAUACACAAUCAAUAAAAGGGCAAAAUGUUUAUGCUUACAAGAAAAUCUACAGACAUGUUCAUGUUUAUGUGCCAAAAACAUGCACUACAGGCCAAAAUUAGGAAGCAAUUGUUGGAUGUGAUCAUGGCUGGUAAUUAAUUUCUUUAUAUAUAUAUAAAAAAAAAAUUAAUGCCUGCACAAUUCAAGGAUUAUUCAUUUGUUUUUUGUUGUUUUUGUUUGUCUGCAUAUUGCAUCAAAAUGUGGAGUACAUCUUAUACAUAUUGCCUGGCAUGUUAUAUUACAGUAGGAGUGUGUAUCUCAUUUUGUAUGCCACAUUUUAAACCAAAUUUGUUUCAACUAGAUGCAAAUAAAUUUGCUAUAAAAAAAUCACUUAAUUGCUUCCACUGGCCUGUAGUGGAGAUUAGAAAUGCCAGUGUAUCUGAUACAACUUGCACACAGGUCACUUAAUGGGCUCUCACAUAUACAGUGUUUAUCCUUUUUAAAUGGAGCCCUGGUGUUUUCCCCACACUUUCUUUAGGAAGGUGAGAACAUAGCAUUCAAACUCAGAUUCAAGAGU